AUGGCCUCUUCACAAAGCCAGGAGGAAGAAAGGUCGCGACACUCGCCAGACCCAGGCCUCACCGUUCCAGAUCCCCUCCGACGGUUGUCCCGGUCGCCGCACCCGUACCAUCGCCAGGGCGGCCAGUGCCUGGAUCCCCAGCCGACCGACCGCCGGACAUCCCUCUAUACCUCCAAGACCUCUAGUGAUAGUGGUACAGAGGCCGACGAUGAGAGCACCGGCUUACUUCGGGGCCUACCCGCGCCGCCCCUGCGACCGCGCAAAGGACUCCGCGCGGUCGGCGACUACCCCCACGACUCGUGGCUCCCCGUCCUGACGCGGUCCACCUCGCGGAGCUCGCGGAGCUCGCGUCGGAGCUCCAGCGAGGAGGCGGAAUUGGAGGCCUGCGAGCUGCGAGAAAAGGAGUCCCGAAAACGACGACUGGAGAUUCUACGGAGGUUACUGGAAACCGCCCUGCUGUUGUCGGUGGGGGCGGUGGUGCUGCGCCCGGAGAGCGUGAGGGCUGUGGCUUGGGCGUGGAGGAAAGAGCUCCUGGCGUAUGUGCUUACGGUCGUCGGGCUGUAUGCGGCUUAUCCCCUGAGGCGGGGAGGCCGUCUACGACUGUCUAAACUCUCGAGCUUCGCGAUCCCGUCCAGUUUCGAUCCCGCCCCGCUGCUCUACCCCGUUAUCCUUCCGGUCUACGUGGCGCUCUCCCUGUCGCAUCGGGACCUACCGCUGGUGCUGCCCAAUAUUCUCCUGAGCCUGGCGUCCCUGCCGACGCCCGUCGUGCCGCUGCAUGAGUGGUUCCACGGCGGGAGCGUAGCCCAUUGGAUGGUGACGCUGGCCCCGGUGCUCGUCUCGGAGCAGUGGUCGGCCGACCACACGACUCCCACCCCCCUCUCGCUUCGCGGCCUCAGUGCCGAGCAGUUGACUCUUCUUUUCCCGUUACAUCAAGCGUUGAUACCCACUCUAGAUUUCUUGUUGACGACUAGUGUCCUUCCCGCGGAGCUGCAGCUGCUGACGGCUGCGCUGAUAAAUUUGUUUCUAUACGCCGCCUCCCCGCAGGCGGAGAUCCUCAAGGCCCUCCUGUGGCUGGGCGGCCUGUGUCUGCUGGUCUCGUGUCGCCAGGUGCUCCGCUGGGAGGUGGCCCUGGCCCGGAUCCCCACCUGGAAGUUCCGUCGGGCCCCGAGCGGCGCGCAGUCGCCCAAGGGCCUCCUCAACGCCAUCGACCACAGACUGUGCCAGAGGCUGAGUCGCGCGGGGUCGUCGGAAGACCCCAUGUCGGACAGCGACAGCCUCGAGGGUCGCAAGCUGGUCCCCCGCCGGACCAUGCACGACUACCGCACGAAGACCCGUGCCCCUGAGCCACUGGUGCACAACGGCGUCGCCAACGGAGCGACCCCCAAGCGACCCCGGGUGACGUCGCGCCGCCACACCAUCGCGAGCGUCGACGACGCGCGCGUCCGCACCACCCCCAGCGGCCGACGCAAACGCUCCAUGGCCCCGGGGCUGGCGUCAUUUCUCGCCCUGACGGUGCCGCAGGCGCAGGUGCGUCGAUGGCUCUACGCGCUCUACGCCUACGCCGCGGCGGUCGUCACCAUCAUGGGCCCCGUCCGCCGGUACGUGGGGCAGCGUGCCCUGUCAGGCGCAGAGCCCUUCGGCUGGGCGAUCGGCUACCUGUUCGGGAACAUCUCCGGCGUGCGGUUCUGGACCCUCAUGUGGAAUCUAGACCACUGGGUCGCCCUGCCAGCGCGCCCGGACCUGGACGGCAGCACCUGCGCCCUGGGCUGGGUAGAGCGCCUGCGGCAGACGACCUUCGGCGAGGCCAACACGCGCCUUCUGAUCGCAGCCUACUGCGUGGUCGUCAUCCUCGCCGGCCUCGCCGUAGUGCUGCAGCUCAGCGCGGUGGCGGAAGUCGACACGCGACGCAAGGUCUUCCACGGCAUGAUGGUGCUGAUGUUCCUGCCAACGGUGUACAUCGACCCGGCGUUCUGCGCGCUGGCGCUCGCCCUCGUCCUGACCGUCUUCCUGCUGCUGGACCUGUUCCGCGCGUCGCAGCUCCCGCCCAUCUCCCGGCCGCUGACUUACUUCCUCGCGCCGUACGUCGACGGACGCGACCACCGCGGACCCGUCAUCGUGUCGCACAUCUUCCUCCUGAUCGGGUGCUCGAUCCCGCUCUGGCUCUCGCUGGCCGACCUGCCGCGGACGGGCGAUCUGCCGUGGUCAGGCUGGGAGGUCGUGUCCCGGGACGUCAGCAUGGUCAGUGGGAUCGUGUGCGUGGGGAUGGGCGACGCGGCGGCGUCGCUCGUCGGCCGGCGCAUCGGUCGGCUGAAGUGGUUCUGGGGCGGGGGGAAGUCCCUCGAAGGCAGUCUGGCUUUUGCCGCUGCGGUGACGGUUGGGCUGCUGGCUGCGCGGGCGUGGCUCGCCGUCGGCGACUGGUCUGUCUCCGGAGCGGAGACGUCCACCGUCUGCUGGCCGAUAGCGGUGCUGCAGGCGGUCUUGGCGGCGGGCGGGACGAGCGCGACGGAAGCGAUCCUGACGGGGUGUAACGAUAACGUGGUGGUGCCGAUUGUGCUGUGGCUGUUGGUGCGAGGGUUGGGAUUAUGA